UAUGAACUCAUUCACUCUCUCAUGUAAUGUUUUAGUUUAGCCCUCUACGUUUUGUUUAUCUGCAGUGCCUCUGAUCACUGGAACUUAAUGGCUUCCUCUUCUUCUUCUUCUUCUUCUUCCACUACUCCUAAACUAAAGUACGAAGUUUUUCUUAGUUUCCGAGAUGAGGAGACCCAGAAAAACUUUAGAAGCCAUCUGUAUGAUGCCUUCAGCCGGGAAAACAUUAAUACUUUCAUUGAUGAUAAACUUAACAGAGGAGAAGAAAUUUCUCUAGCUCUUUUGACUGCAAUUGAACAGUCAAAGAUCUCGGUUAUCAUUCUCUCUAAAGGGUACGGUUCUUCGAGCUGGUGUCUCAAAGAACUUGAAAAGAUUGUUGAGUGCAAGAAAAAGUAUAGUCAGAUUCUGAUUCCGAUCUUUUAUCACGUAGAUCCAUCAGAUGUAAGGAAACAAACUGGGGAUUUUGGGAAAGCUUUUUCUCAGCUUGAAGAGCGUUUUAAGGUUGAUGAUCCAGAGAUGUUGCAGAGAUGGAAGACUGCUUUGACGGACAUAGGCAACCUAUCUGGCUUUAUUUCAGAUAACACUGGGGACGAGUCAGUACUUGUACAGGAUAUUGUCAACGAUAUUUUGGAGAAAUUGGAUGAUGAGUACUUGGUAAUUAACAACGAGAGCCCAGUUGGACUAGAUUCAAAAAUCGAGCAGAUUGAAUGUUUAUUAUGUCAGGAAGGUGUUCGUAGACUAGGAAUUUGGGGCAUUGGGGGUAUAGGUAAGACAACUCUCGCUGGUGCUGUAUUCAGAAAAAUCUCUAAACAGUUUGAAGCUUGUUACUUCAUUCAGAAUAUUAGAGAAGAAUCAGAAAAAAGCAGGGGAUUAAAUGACUUGCGCCAAAGACUUUGUUCGGUAGUUUUAGGGGAUAAAUAUCCCAAUAUUGGAUUCACCUUGGAAAGAAAUAGGCUUGGCCGUGUUCUUAUUGUGUUUGAUGAUGUGACAAAAUUAGAACAAAUGGAAUGUUUAAUGGAAGACUUUGCCUACUUGGACUCCGAAAGUCGAAUAAUCAUAACGGCAAGGGAUGAACGCGUACUAAAACAAUGUGGAGUGGAUUACAUACAUGAGAUGGAAGGAUUAGUUAGUGAUGUGGCUUUUCAACUUUUUAACCGUUAUGCCUUUGGAGGAAAGAGUCCAACAGAAGAUUGUAUUGAGCUAUCAUCAAGGGUAGUGGCAUAUGCUGCAGGUGUUCCUCUUGCUCUUAAAGUUUUGGGUUACUCUCUAUUUGGAAGGACAAAAAAAGAUUGGGAAAGUAAUCUAGAAAAUUUGAAAAGAUCUCCUCAUAUGGAUAUCCAUGAAGUAUUAAAAGUAAGUUAUGAUGGGCUAAACUAUGAACAACGGCAAGUAUUUUUGGAUAUUGCAUGUUUCUUUAAAGGGUGUGAAAGAGCUCUUAUAGAAGAAGUCUUGGAUGCCAAUGGCUUUGCCUCACAUUAUUGUAUAAAUGUUCUCAUUGAAAGGUCUCUCAUAACUACAUCUUUCAACACCAUCACAAUGCAUGCUUUGCUUCAAGAAAUGGGUAGAGAAAUUGUUCGGCAAGAAUCAAGUAAUAAUCCUGCCAAACGUAGUCGGUUGUGGGAUCAUAAUGAUAUCUUUUCAGUAUUGACCACAAAUAAGGGGAAAGGAACUAUUCGUAGCAUAAGCUUGGAUAUGUCUAAAGCAAAAGAGAUACAUUUACAACCUAAAGCUUUCAACAAGAUGCAUAACCUAAGGUUCUUGGAAGCCUACGGCUUCACAUGUGGUAACAAGGUAUAUGGUUUUGAACACCUUGUAUUUGAUUUCUCUGAGCUAAGGUAUCUUAGUUGGUUUAAUUAUUCUGCUGAAUCAUUGCCACAAUAUUUUGAUCCUGAGAACCUUGUUGCACUCUACAUGACUGAUGGCAAACUUAAACGACUUUGGACUAGUGUCAAGAAUCUUAAUAAUUUGAAACAUAUUGACCUCAGUCACUCCAAGCAUCUACUCGAAAUGCCAAAUCUCUAAUUAUGUCCAAAUCUUAAGAGCUUGAUUCUACAAGGUUGUAAAAAUUUGCAAGAGGAUUUCUCAUCUAUCCGUU